UGAAACCACCACGUUGCCCCCAAGCAUUACAUUAUUUAUGGUAACUGGCACAGACGGUUUUCUAACAAGGCUCACAGAGGCAACAUUUACGUCACGAACACAAGCUAUAGCUCCAAGCAAAGCCGCAGCACCACCUCAUGCCGACGUUGUUGCCACAGAGAUACCAUUCUUUCAGCACGCUCCAUCUUUAUCUCCUAGCGCUGCAGGUGGAAGCAGUCAGGCAGGCACAAGCUCGCCAUCUAAACCAAUAAAGCCAGGUUCCAUUAUUGACCUCGCAGAUGUGCUCGGAGGAAAUGCUAAUAUUGGCGGAAAUAUCGGAGAAGCCAUCAAAGGCAUAGUUCACCUUUUGUCUAAUGGCAAGAAGAAUGGUACUGAUGGCUCAAGUGACCUUCAUCCAAGUCAAGUGAAGGAGGACGUGCCGCUUCCACCUAGUGAUGGUGUGACAGUAAGUAACAUUGAAGAGCCUGUUUACAUACCGGUUGGCGCAAUCGCGUCCGAUAUGUCGGCCGCUGAGCGAAGUCAAGUGCAUAGUGACUCCUUCGAUGGUCCAGCUCUCACUUCGCUCUUGCAUGGAAAGCCAUCCAUUAUGGGAGAGGGCUUCCACACAGACGUGUUUACCGGGGCGGAAACUGUGUUCAUUCUUCCUACGGACGCCCACUACGAUGAUGACACAGGGGAUGGAGAGGACGUUCCGGAGCGAGUUGACAAGGACACAUCUGUACACCUUGUCGGUAGCGUCCAGAAGGCCUCGGCUCCUACCACUGAGGCCACACCGGCGUUGGACGCUAACACAGAUGUCAUAACCGGAGACAAGACCAUCUUCUUCGAUGACCUUGACAAGCUUACUGAGCUGACACAAAGUGUGGAGGACAACAAGGACGAUGCCACAAUAUCAGACUUGAAUGAACAAUCGAAGGUCAUCGGUGUCCAGACCAUCUUUUUCCCCGACACGAAAGCGCUCCAAUCUUCUCUCGUAAGCGAAGUUCAGAUCACAGGAGCAACCACCAUCUUUGGAGAGGGCUUCACACCCAUCCUGCCAGGUACGCAAGAUUCCUCGGAAGCACUUCUCUCGUCCAUUAAAUCCUCUGUCGUCGGUGGUGCCAAGUCAGUCAGCGGUGCUACGACCAUCUUCUUCCAACUUGAUGGCGAAAGAGUGCCAAUACUACCGUCCGUGUCCACGAGCUUGUCAACCGUGACGCAAUACGUCACGAGUGUGGAGUCUUUCACUCGAACUCUCACGCUCACGACAACAAAGGUGUACUACACGAGAGACAGCCCGCUGACAAUAACAUCUGUAUUUACUACGACCAUACCACCCAGGACUUUUGUGUCGACUAUCAUCGGAAGUCGCACCAUCCUGGGCACCCUGCCCGAACCUUCCGCUUCCGUCGAGGCGCAGCUGACAACGCCUCUUCCGAGCGAAGCCACCACGACGGUCACCACGACAACCCUCAUCUUCAACUCCAUCACAACGACCGUGGUUCGGACGUUGGUGCUUCCAACGGAAAGACCGGAACCGACUCGCUCCUCUUCUAUUAACAACCUGCCGACGACGUCUGUGCAAGUAACGCCCGAGGUCAGGGGAAGAAUUCCGGAGUCCGCCGACAGCAAGUCGCCUCCGACGUUGCGACCUCCUCAGCGGCGCCUCACGACGCCUCGGACGACGACCGCGGCGAUUGGCAAACGCCCGGUAAUCCCGUUCAGAGCUCCGUCCAGACCUCCUGACACGGCGAGCACCAAGCCAGUGCCAACGGGGCCAAAGUUCAAGAUACCGUUCCCAAAACCACCAACCACUACGACGACCACACCGAAGCCGAGCAGGCCUCCAAAGACCAAGCCUGGCAAGGUGACGCCUGUCGAUGGCUAUCCGCCAGUAUGUCUACCGGGAUGCAACGUGGCGAACUACGAGGUCUGCCGCGAGGCACUGGACGGCACGUGGCAGUGUAUGUGCAAGCCGGGCUACGGAAGGCACGAUGGCAACAAGACUUGCACAGAGGUCGAGACGUACGUUGUUAUUCUUCGUGUUGUGAAGAUGGGAGAAUCGGCGGUGUCGUAUCGCACCGAGUUCUCCAACAGCCUUUCCACAGAAUUCCAACAAAUUGCCGACGCAGCUAAGAAAGGAAUGAGCGACGCCUACAAGAAGACGGAUGUGGAGAGCCACUUUGUGACGUCGAACUUGAACAGCAUCUCGGCGGCCGAUGACUUGGACACGGCCGACAGCACUCCGCAAGGCAUCCUGCUAAACUUCACAGUGUCCAUGUCGAGGUCGGAGGCCAUCACCUCCGAGGUGAUACGGGAACAACUGACCCGAUCGCUGCGACAGUCCAACUACAGCAUCGGAAAGAGCCCACUAUUUGUCAGCCCCAACGUUCACGCGGUCGCCGCCGUUCAAGAUUACGACGAAUGCGGCGACUUGGACGCAAACGACUGCGGCCGGUUCGCUGUCUGUGUCAACUUGCCGGGAACGUACACUUGCUUCUGCAAGAGUGGCUUCGAAGACCUCGACCCGCUGCGACCGGGCCGUGUUUGCUCAGGAGAGAUCAAGAACUGCGACCACUGCAACGGCCGCGGAACAUGCCUGGUGAAUGACGAAGGAAAGAGGAGCUGCCGGUGCAACCGCAUGUUCCUUGGACGACGCUGCGAGAUCAACGGUCUGGUGCUGGCGAUAGCCCUACCGAUCGCGCUGGCGCUGCUGGUGAUGAUGCUGUGCUGCCUGGUGUGCCUGUGCCGCCGAUGGAAGCGCCGGGCGCAGCGCGCCAAGGGGCCCUUCCGGCUGGGCGCCGUCAGCCCGCUUGGGGGCACUCUCGACAAGAAGGCCAUGAUCACCGACACGUCGAGCGAGAGCAGCGGAGAACACGCGCUCAAGCACUCCUACGCCUUCGACGGCUUCAUGGUUGGACCAGGACCCGGAAGACCACUGAGUUCCGGAGCCAUCGAUACAGUCGGCCGAGACCAGGUUGACAUGGGGAACAUGCAGAGCAAGCUGCUGUACGUUCUGGAUGGUUCGACGGGUAAUAAUCGGCAGCCAGUGGAAAGCAAGUCGGGUGAAGGUCGAUUUGCUACGCUUCCAGAUACCAACACUUUCAACCGUUGGAAGAACAGCCAAAGCAAGGAAGAGUCAACGGAGACCAAGAAGAAGGGAUCCAAGAAAUCUAGUCCGGCUUCCAGCGAGAAAAAGGCGACUCCCCCAGCUACUGCUACGAUGCAGCGCCGGCCCGACGCCCCAGCGCCUCCUCCGCCACCGCCGCCCGCGCCAAUCACGCCGGGCACGUCCCGAUGGCUCGACAGUUCCAAGCGAGCCGCGGAGCGCCAGCACCUCGUCCAGCAAAAGCAACAGCAGCAACAGCAGCAGCAGCAGAGGGGACAGAAUGACGAUCUUCCCUCGCCGCCAUCGACCUUCUCGCGCGAGAUGGACAAGUUCCGAAGCUCCGUGGCUGGGCCGUCCGAUGACGAUUCGCAGCAGCCGCAGCAACAAGAAGGCCAGGAUGCCUACGGCACCAACACAUUCACCAAGAAGAGCACCAUCUCUGAGGCGGGCCGCUCGUAUGACGAGACGACCAUCCGGCCCGCAGUGAAGAGGCUGCGGCCCCCCGAGGCACCCGACGACGACGCCGUGCCAAGCACUUCACGAGGCGGAGGCGGGGACAAUACUAAAGAUGAAAACAGCCGCUGUGAUGAGUCCGGAAAUGACGUUGGCCCAUCAGCUAGUCCAAUGCAGGGUCUUCGUGCCGACGCCUCGAGAACGCGAAGGACUUCCAAGUCCGGCUCGUCGACAGGAGACUCGGAUGUCGUUGCACGACCUUUUUAGAACUCUUCGGUGGAGAACGUGUCUACAUUCCGCGAAUACACCAGAUUACGACGAUUGGCACAUUAAUCCUAAUCAGAUUAAUUAACGAUGAAUCAUUACCGAGGUGUCAAUUUCGCAUAUAUAGGAGGAGGUUUUCUUUUUUCAUAUGUUUCGCCCCAAUUUAGACGACUGUGCCUUGCUCGAAACGUUUCCAAGCCCUAGGAUGUUCUUCCUCGAAGCUAUGCAACUUUUUAAUGUUCCCACCUCAUAACCUCUCCUUGUGUGAUUGUUGUGCUUACAAGAGUCCCAUACAAAGGUGACUAUGGAUGCUAGUACUGCGAUACCUGCUGACAAUUAUCUAAUGAGUAUCGCUAUAACGUCAGCCGCCUUCUUUUUGCCUCACCUGUAAACUCAGCGCCACUGAGAUUAGAAGAUGCCUAGUUUAUUUUUUGUUUGCAUUUGAGUGCAUGCCACGGCUCGCUUGUACUCGUCGCUGUGUGCUCGUCUUUUCUGACAGUUUCGUUUUGCUUCUACAAAAACUUAGGCUUGCCAUAAGAUUCGAUCACACGCGCACCAUUGUUUUUGUCAGCAAGUGCUUGUACAUAAUAUAGACUAUCAUUGCCUUGUUCCAUUGUAUCAUAAAUGUAACCGGAAUGUGCAUAUGUAAUUACAAGAUGCCUAGUUUUUUUUUUCUCACUUGAGUACUUGUCACGGCUAGCUUGCACUGUGUUGUUUCUAUCAAUAUAGUUAUUUCACUCUUGUACGAACUGAGAAAAUCAAGUUUUGGCAAUAUUUGUUGGGAGUCUUAGCUGCUUAGUUGAAGUACGACUAGCCCGACACUAAGCCUUUCACGAGGAUGCCGUCACUAAUACUAGGGCCGUACGUUAUUGCACGGAAAUAAUUCGCCGCGCUUGCAUGCCUUGCAAAGAGGGCCUUCUCUGUAAAUAGUAUUGAUCUAAUGCUCUCUUUGUUUAGGUGUUCAAGAUGCCACCGAAUUGUUAUCUGUUUUUUUACGCAAGGAGGUGAGAUAACACAUGCCAACUGCUCAUAUUAUUUUUUGUGGCGUAUUUCCCGGCCCCUCAUUAUUUUGACAGAUCCCCUGCUAACCGUGAGAACAAGUGAAUAAAGAUAUGUUUUAAAAGGAAAC